AUGGAUAUCGGAUUAACUGGGACAAGUUCCGCUGGGGCACACUCAAAUUCUGAAGGUCGCAGCAAACGCCAAAGAGUCGAAGACGAUGGUUCUAUGCAUCGACAAAGCUCGCCACUAAUCGACGACAAUGAUGAUUCGGAUGAUUUUGAUGAAAGUGACUCGGAUGGUGAACUCACACCUGCUGAAAGAGCUAGUCGGAAGCGCAAACUGAAGGCAAUGCGAAAAGAAGAAAAGGAACAACGAGACCGUAAUUCGAUGUUGAGUACCAUGGCCAACUCGCAUGCAACUCCCAAGGCGGCAACUGCUCUAGCUAGAGCUCUUCAAGAAUAUGUGAAGAUGCUUCUUGGUGUGUAUCGGAAACAACGCUCUCCAAACCCUUCUAGCUCAGAACCUUCACUUCCCGAACCACCAACCGUCGAUGAAGUUCACGCGUGGGCAACCCAGAAGGAUGCAGCUCAGAAGGCGAUGCUCUCAGCGCCAUUAAAACCUGUUAGAUUUGUGUCUCGACUCUCACUAACGGUUGGAUCGAGGUACGACCACAGAUGGGGAUCUCAAUGUGAAGCUGCACUAGCUAUGGCUGGCUUCACUCGCUGUACAUUCGACUGGAACGGCCGACCCGAUUCUGCUUGGAACACCGCCAUGACACGAAUCAUUCUUCAAGAAUGGGAGAAGUGCCACGAGGCUCACGGAACCAAGGCUUUUGGGAUCAUAGCAGCCGAAAACACAUCAGCCAACCGGCUUGAGAUUGUCCGACGAUGGUGCGAGAACCAAGCUCCUAAGUUUCGUGACCAAGCGAAGAUGAAUGUGAUGUCACAAACACCAGAGGGUAAGGUGCAAGCAGCACAGUUGCGCGAGAUGUCUCGGACUAGGGACCGACGAAGGCGAGCAAAAACCAAAAUCCACACCGCGCGCCAGGAACUAGCCCAACAUAUAUUCGGUGUAAAUUCUCCCGAAUAUCUCCUCUUGUCUCAUUCAGAGGUACACUCUGAAGACAAAGUCACGAUGACUAACGGCUCAGGCACCCGGACCAAAACGAGACUCGAGUGGCGUAGCGGAGCUUUGGAUACAUUUGUGAACCUUGUUGAUAAAGCUAUUCCUGGUCAAGAAAUCAUCCCAAGAAAAAAGGCACGAGCACAGGCAAUUGUGGACUGCGGUGCAUACUCAUCGGAAAGCGAUCUUGAUGCAUUUCCUCCUCAAGGGCUUCAGGAAUCUCUGGUCUCGAAUGCAUGGCUCGACAAGAUGUCUGGUGUUGCUAUUUCAAAUUUACGCCUUGGUAAGGCUGAGGUAGUUGACAUACGUAAAUCAAUUCAAGUUUUGACUAAUUUAAUGUUGCCAAGGGGGGCUGCUGGGUUGGGUGAAGGAUCAAGUUCAACGCAGGUACCAGGUGAAGGAUCAAGUAGUAGUUCUGGACCAAUGAUGACUCAAUGA